GGUGCUUCGCCGAGUGCAAGCGCUGCACCGACCCAGAGUGCAGCAGUUCUGGGAUAUUUUGACAUCGGCUUCACCUCCGUGUUCACAGUUGAAAUAGUCCUGAAGAUGACCGCAUACGGUGCAUUCCUUCACAAGGGGUCCUUCUGCCGGAACUACUUCAACCUCCUGGAUCUGCUGGUGGUUGCUGUCUCCCUCAUCUCCAUGGGAAUUGAGUCCAGCGCCAUCUCCGUGGUGAAAAUCCUGAGGGUGCUGAGAGUCCUGCGGCCGCUGCGGGCCAUUAACAGAGCGAAGGGGCUGAAGCACGUAGUCCAGUGCGUGUUCGUGGCCAUCAAGACCAUCGGCAACAUUGUGAUUGUCACCACCCUGCUGCAGUUCAUGUUGGCCUGCAUCGGGGUGCAGCUCUUCAAGGGGAAAUUUAGGAGCUGUACGGAUCCGGCCAAGAUGACAGAAGAGGAAUGCAGGUAG